AUGUUGUCUGCCAUUCUCAAGUCGUCUUCUUUGAACCGUGCCGCUCAGUCGCCGCUUGCCCGACGUGCCUUUUCUACAAACUUGCCUAUGCUUCAACAAGCAUCUCAAGUCAAGCAAACUUCUCAAGCACCCACUGUAAAGAACUUUAUUCAUGGUGAAAUGGUCGAGUCUCAAGCCAACAAGUGGAUCGAGCUUCAUAACCCUGCUACCCAAGAGCUCCUUGGCCUUGUUCCAGAGUCAACCAUGGAUGAACUCAAGGAAGCUACAAAGUCGGCUGAAGCUGCUGCUAAGGAAUGGAAAAAGACCACUGCCUUGCACCGUCAACGCGUCAUGUUGGAUCUUCAAUACCUUAUCCGCCAAAACAUGGAUCGUCUUGCUGAGAACAUUGUACAAGAACAAGGCAAGACCUUUGUUGAUGCCAAGGGUGAUGUCUUCCGUGGCUUGCAAGUCGUUGAACAAGCCUGUGCUCUUACAUCCCAAUUGAUGGGUGAAAAACUUACCGUGGCCAAGGAUAUGGAAACCUAUAUGUAUCGUGAACCUUUGGGUGUUACUGCUGGUAUUUGUCCCUUCAACUUUCCAGCCAUGAUUCCUUUGUGGAUGUUCCCAUUGUCGAUUGCUGCUGGUAACUCCAUGAUCAUGAAGCCCUCUGAACGUGAUCCUGGCGCUAUGAUGAUGCUUGCCGAGCUUGCUGCUGAGGCUGGUGUGCCCAAGGGUGUUCUCAACAUUGUACAUGGCUCCGUUGAUUGUGUCAACUUUAUCUGUGAUGAGCCUGCCAUCAAGGCCAUUUCAUUCGUCGGUUCGGAUAAUGCCGGCAAGCACAUUUACACACGUGGUAACGCUAACGGCAAGCGUGUCCAGGCCAACCUUGGUGCCAAGAACCAUGCCGUUGUGAUGCCUGAUGCCAACAAGCAAGCUGCUUUGAACGCUAUUGCUGGUGCUGCCUUUGGUGCUGCUGGUCAACGUUGCAUGGCUCUUAGCACCCUUGUGAUGGUUGGUGAGACCAAGGAAUGGCUCCCUGAACUUGCUGAACGUGCCAAGCAACUCAAGGUCGGCUAUGGUAUGGAUCCUGAAACUGAUCUUGGUCCCGUCAUCACUCCUCAAGCCAAGGAACGUGCCGAGCGUCUUGUUCAAAGUGGUGUGGAUGAAGGUGCCAAUCUCUUGUUGGAUGGUCGUGGUAUUGUGGUCAAGGGUUACGAAAAGGGUAACUUUGUCGGCCCCACUAUCCUCAGCGAUGUCAAGACCAACAUGGAAUGUUACCGUGAGGAAAUCUUUGCCCCCGUAUUGGUGUGCUUGCAAGUCGAUACCCUUGAUGAAGCUAUCGAGUUGAUCAAUGCUAAUCCCUAUGGCAACGGUACCGCCAUCUUCACUAACUCGGGUCCUGUUGCUCGCAAGUUUGAACAUGAAAUCGAUGUCGGCCAAGUUGGUAUCAACAGCCCCAUCCCUGUACCAGUUCCUCCCUUCUCCUUCACCGGUAGCCGAGGCUCCAUCUUGGGUGACAUGAACUUUUACGGCAAGAGUGGUCUCCACUUUUACACCAAGCCAAAGACAGUGACCGCUUUGUGGAGAGAAGCUGAUGCUACUCACUCUCGUUCCAGCGUCGCCAUGCCCACCAUGUAA